GAGUUGCAAACCCAUGCCCUGACCGAGUAGACAUGGAGAGCCAUGUACAUGGUCUACUCGAACCAAACACCGAUCUCUACUAGGGGGGGGCACGCUUUAUUUCUUCUGCUCCAAAGGCAAACCGUUCUAGGGACCGGGAAGACAAGUCGUGGCCCCCCGGUUGAGGAUGGAGUGUGCUUUUGACGCACAGAAUCUGAUCUCCAUUUCUUUGAGGAAAAUCCAGAGCUCCAGGACGCAGCGUGGAGGCAUCAAGCUCCACAAGAACUUGCUGGUCACGUACGUGCUGAGGAACGCCAGGCAGUUGUACGUGAGCAAGAACUUGUCCCCGACGCCGAGGACGCACCAGUACGAGGAUGCCGCAACAGCAGCCCGAGGGACGCACGAAUACCUCGGACUGACCGGGAGCUUCACGGAGUUGGCCGAUGACUUCUACUGCAACUUCGGCGGGGUGGAAUCGGACACUUGGCACUGCAGCCCGGCGGAGGUACUGGCGCACCAGGACGCGUCGGCGUGCGCCAUGGCUCCUUUAAACGACUCGGACCUCACCUUUUGGACUUGUGCGGACAAGCCCGCCUGGGAGUUGCACAUUCCAGCCAACCACAAGACCGUGCUGGACCUGGACACGCAUGUGGUGACCACGGUCACGAACGGAUACUUCCACCCGGACUGUUGCGCGCAGCCCAAACCGUCCUUGGGCGCGCAGUGCUACGCGAAAAAGAGACGCAUGGACAUAAGUUAUCACAUUGUUGACCCAGAGUUCUACUUGUCCGACUUCGUGCCGGCGCCCUGCAAGCAGAUGAAGACUGACGAUGAAGCCCACUCGGACUCGGAGCAGCUGGACUCCACGAACAUCUCCAACCUGAUCUCGGUGCUGCAGGGUUCGGGUGGACUAUCCGAGUUUGUGAGUUGGCAGCACACGGACCUGGAGCAGAUAUUUGCCUCUCAAACUAUGCGUUUAAAACAUACUUUGCGAACGGGCACCGGCUGGACGCGGGCGAUCGAAGCCUUUUGAUUUGUACGGUAUUGUUUUUGGAAUUGUAUUUUUUUAAUUGUGUUGCUUUCGAAAUAAACCAUAA